AUUCGAUAUUCACAGGAUGACCGACGAUCGGCAGAGGUGGAGUGCGUCGAUGCUGACCUUUCGCGGGUACACGAGGCUCAACGACAUUCUCACGGACGAAGAGCACAAGCAUCUCGACAAGAAGAACCUCGAGCAUCUGCAGUACGUGCGCGUGCGCCACUCGGGCCUCAACUGCGCCAACCCGACCGAGAUUGCGAUGCCAGCGAUCUGCUUGCCGCUCGACAGGCUCGGCGGCGCCAUCGCGCUCCGCGACUACAACGACGUGCAGGCCAUCAUCGGGCGCUGCCGGUGCGGCUACGUGUGCCAGGCCUACUACUUUACGCGCGACAAGUUUGGCAACAGCUGGAAGGCGAUUGCGCUCAAGGUCAUGGACAAGAAUCUCAUCGCGAUCGAGCGCGACGACAUUGGCAACGAAGUCCGCAUCAUGGCCCAGCUGCAACCGCAUGGGAUGAGUACGCCGCUCCGAAGCAAGCACGUCCUUCGCUGGGCCACGACCGCAUGCGCCAGGAAUGAAUACAUUGCAACCGAUUACGUUGCGAGCGGUUCGCUCUCGUCCUUUCUGCGCCGCGCGUACGAGUCGAUGCUCAAGAAGCACGCGCAGAGCGCGCUCCUGCCACUUGACUUGCGCCAUCGGGUCGCGCGCGAGUUUCUAGAGACGGUCGCGCUCCCGCUCUAUGGCAGCAUCCUCCAAGGGCUCGUGUACAUACACACGCAAGGCGUGUGCCACCUCGAUAUUGAUCCGUACAACAUUGCGGUCGGGCGCGAGCACGGGCCCGAGCCCGGGUCGCCGUACCAUUACUUUGCCACGUACAUUGACUUUGGCUCGAGCCAGCUCCUCGACGGGCGACUGCUUGUCGGUGCGGGCCGCGAGAACCCAGCGAUCAAGGCCAAGAUCACGUACCGGUCGCCCGAGCUAAAGACGAAUGCGCAAGAACGCACGCGCUACAUCAACUAUGUCAAGCACCACCGCGGCGCGAUGAGCCUCCAGGAAGAGCGCAGGGAGAUGCCGAAAGGCUUUGACGGCCGCGCGUCCGACCUCUACUCGGUCGGCGUCGUCGGCAUUGAGCUGCUCCUGUACGGCUUCCAGCUGCCGGGCUUCCUCGGGUCCGCCUUUGUCUCGACGAGCAGCAACCCCAAGUGGCGCGACUUCUUCGUCGAGCACUUUGACAAAAGCGGCGUGUGCCCGACCCCGUGUCUCUUUUGCGACCACAAGAUCACGCUGCCCGAGUCUGCGGUGCAGAUCCUCUUGCGCCUCGUGGGGCUGGACGUCAAGGCGCGAGGCUCCGCCGACCAAGCCGCACUGGAGUGGAUGGCCGCGCACGGCGACAAGACAGACAUGACAGCAGCACAGUACGACGGCGUGGUCAUGGACGACGUCGACAUGGCUUCGCAUUCCGCGUCGUCGGCCUAAGCUUAUAUACCUCAAGACCUCUUGUCUUAUAG